AUGAUACAAAACAUUUCUUCUUCCUGCAACUACCAUUUAUCCUCCAGCGAUCAGAGUGCAUGUUUGGUAGAAGCUGAUGACCAAGAAGACGAACUUUCCAGAACUCUCCUUUCCCUUGGCCCACCCGGUCAACACUCCUUCUCCAAACACCAUCACCAUCAGAGUUUCCAAAACCCUAUCACUCAUGACGAAUACCCUAGUACAGUAACCAUAGCCCUUCACAUUGGCCCAACCAUCGCCGGAGCCACCGCCGACGACAGUAAUACUAUUGUUGAUGGACGCUACUGGAUACCUUCACCUGACCAAAUCCUCGUCGGCCCCACCAAGUUCUCUUGCUCCGUCUGCAGCAAAACAUUCAAUCGCGUCAACAACAUGCAGAUGCACAUGUGGGGGCAUGGAUCACAAUACAGGAAGGGGCCAGAGUCACUAAGAGGGACAAAGCCAGCAUCCUCCAUGCUGAGACUCCCGUGUUAUUGCUGCGCAGAGGGUUGUAAGAACAACAUAGAGCACCCGAGAUCAAAGCCACUCAAGGACUUCAGGACGCUUCAGACCCACUACAAGCGAAAGCACGGGGAGAAGGUUUUCGAAUGCCGAAAAUGCGGCAAGGGUUUUGCGGUGCGAGGGGACUGGAGGACGCACGAGAAGAACUGCGGGAAGCUCUGGUUUUGCAUUUGCGGCUCAGAUUUUAAGCACAAUAGAUCGCUCAAGGACCAUGUUCGUGCCUUCGGAGAGGGCCACGGUGCCCACACUAGCUGUAAUUAA